AUGUCUUUUCGAGCUUAUUUUUAUAUAACUCUUUAUGUUAUAGUUGUAUUGAUUUUACUUAUAUCUUUUAAAUUCACAAAAAAUGAAUUUCCUAAACAGGAGCGUUCACGUUUUACUGGAUAUCUAACAUGGCACGGCAAACUUCAUCAUUUUGAUCAAGAAUCCUAUGAUACUUCACUUUGGUUUUUAAUAAUUACGAAUGGUUUAUCAUCAAUUUAUGCAUUCAUCUGGGCAUCCAAAAAAGAUUUGCCAAAAAAAGUUAUUACUUAUAUAUAUCAAGAGAAUGGAAGCAGAACUACCGCAUACUUCUUUAAUAUACUUAUUGCAUAUUAUAUCACUUUUACUUUUAUUUCCGGAGUUGCACUUUAUUUACUUGAUACUGGAAAGUUGUUUUCAGCAUUUGCUGUUCUUCAUAAUGCUUUUGAACUUGCAAUGAUGUUAUUACUUCUUCAAGGUGGAAAAAUUACAUCAAAUUAUUUUUAUGCUAUUAUGGGAUGUUAUAUUUUCAUAGUAAAUUUGUUGGAUAUUGCUUUACCUUGGCCCAUAGAUGGAACAUGGUUUAAAGCACAAGGAUUAUGUUUGGAUUUUGGAUUUUAUAUCGUUCUAACACGUAUUUAUAAAUCUACGCGAGAAUAUGUUGAAGGAUUAGCUUCAGCUCAACUUCCCUUAGUAAAUGAAGAUGAACAUUUACCAUUUGAAGAUGAUUCAAGUAUCUCACCAACUAUUAUUCAACAUCCACAGCAAUUUUUAUUAUUGAUUUUUUCGUCAGCUGUUCAUAUUUUUGGAAACUGUUUUUCUACGAUUUUCAUGACGGAUAGUCGAAGGUAUAUUUAA